CCAGGGCCUGGGGAUCACACAGGAUCCGGAGCUGGUGCUGAUAACAGCGGAAUCCCCCGUCUACCUCUCUCCUUGGUCCUGGAAUAACGCUACCGAUUUCUAAGUAGCCAAAAAAUAUAAUAAACCUUCACUUGCUCAGUAGCUUUAUGAAAGUCUCAAGCAGAGGGGACGUAAGCAAAAAAAAUUUUGUGUGAAGAACUCCAAAAAUAAAAUCUCUAGGGAUUAAAAAAAAAAAGAAAGAAAAUGCCAGCUGAUAUAAUGGAGAAAAAUUCCUCGUCCCCGGUGGCUGCUACCCCCGCCAGUGUCAACACGACACCGGAUAAACCAAAGACAGCAUCUGAACACAGAAAGUCGUCAAAGCCCAUCAUGGAGAAAAGACGAAGAGCAAGAAUAAAUGAAAGUCUGAGCCAGCUGAAAACACUGAUUUUGGAUGCUCUUAAGAAAGAUAGCUCGCGGCAUUCCAAGCUGGAGAAGGCGGAUAUUCUGGAAAUGACAGUGAAGCACCUCCGGAACCUGCAGCGGGCGCAGAUGACGGCCGCGCUCAGCACCGACCCGAGCGUGCUGGGGAAGUACCGCGCCGGUUUCAGCGAGUGCAUGAACGAGGUGACCCGCUUCCUGUCCACGUGCGAGGGCGUGAACACCGAGGUGCGCACCCGGCUGCUCGGCCACCUGGCCAACUGCAUGACCCAGAUCAACGCCAUGACCUACCCGGGGCAGCCGCACCCCGCCUUGCAGGCGCCGCCGCCUCCCCCGCCGGGACCCGGCGGCCCGCAGCACGCGCCGUUCGCGCCGCCUCCGCCGCUCGUGCCCAUCCCCGCGGGCGCGGCGCCCCCUCCCGGCGGCGCGCCCUGCAAGCUGGGCAGCCCCGCCGCAGAAGCGGCCAAGGUGUUCGGCGGCUUCCAGGUGGUGCCGGCGCCCGACGGCCAGUUUGCCUUCCUCAUCCCCAACGGGGCCUUCGCGCACAGCGGCCCCGUCAUCCCCGUCUACGCCAACAGCGGGACCUCCGUGGGCCCCAACGCCGUGUCCCCGUCCAGCGGGCCCUCGCUCACAGCGGACUCCAUGUGGAGGCCUUGGAGGAACUGAGGGACACAGUCCACCCCGCACCCUCCCGAAUUCCCCCUCCCCCCAUCUUCUUUCCUUGGGACACUAAACAGGAAACUCGGACGCUGGGAGAGAGGACUUUUGUGAUUUUAAGUGGUUACUUUGUUAUUUUUUUUAAUUUCUAAAAAAAGUUACUUUUUGUAGAGAGCUGUAUUAAGUGACUGACCAUGCACUAUAUUUGUAUAUAUUUUAUAUGUUCAUAUUGGAUUGCGCCUUUGUAUUAUAAAAGUUGAGAUGACAUUUCGUUUUUUACACGAGAUUUUUUUUUAUGUGAUGCCAAAGAUGUUUGAAAAUGCUCUUAAAAUAUCUUCCUUUUGGGAAGUUUAUUUGAGAAAAUAUAAUAAAAGAAAAACCGAGUGAA